AUGUCUGAUUACGAGGGUGACGAUGUCGAUGUCGGCGGCGGCGAGGAGUACUUUGAGGAGGAGGAGGAAAUCUACGACCCCGAGGUCAACGUCGAAGACGACGAGAACAACCCCAACGGCACCUUUGACGAGGACCAAGACAACGUCGUGCCCUCGGGCGACCCUGCCGCCGCCGCGAGCGCCGCGAAAGCGUCCGAGAAGUCGCUCCGAGACAAGAAGAUCCCCGACGAAGAGCGCACGACCACCCCCUACAUGACAAAGUACGAGCGCGCGCGCAUCUUGGGUACCCGGGCGUUGCAAAUCAGCAUGAGCGCGCCGGUGCUGGUCGAUCUGGAGGGCGAGACGGACCCGCUGCAGAUUGCGAUCAAGGAGCUGCGGGAGAAAAAGAUUCCCUUGAUUGUGAGGCGAUACAUGCCGGAUGGCUACUACGAGGAUUGGACUUGCGAGGAGCUUUUGCAGUGA